UAGCUUCGGGAACUAGCUUAACUUGCCACACCGGGAAUAUUUCUCCGUCUGGAGCCGCUGCCAGUCAGCAGCUGAGCAGUCGUGGACAUCGGUGCAGGUCCUGUUGUAGAUCACAUGGGGCAGUUCGACUGUUAGAAAAGUGAUAAUUCACAAAGCGGGCAAAGACGAGCCUGUUGAGCCUGUAUGAGCUAGGGUACAGCUUUCUGUCCAGCUGGCUGCCGGCCGUUUACCUCCAGCCUGGGUGUCUGAGAUGGAGGGCGGACAGGAAGUGCAAGUGGAAGCUGCCCCAUACUGCUGCUCCACCUGUGAUGGAGGGGAGGUCUCUGGCCGCAACCUGAUUCGACGGAACAGAAAGGUCCGCAGCCUGAGCACCUCCUCAGCCAGCACCUCCUUCGAGUACAGGAGGACUCAGUCGCUUCAUGGACCCAGCCCUGUGACAACGUUCGGCCCCAAGGCAUGCAUGCUCCAGAACCCACAAGCAGUGAUGCACAUUCAGGAUCCCGCCAGCCAGAGACUGACGUGGAACAAACCGCCAAAAAGUGUCCUUGUCAUCAAGAAGAUCCGCGACGCCAGUCUGCUACAGCCAUUCAAGGAGCUCUGCGUGUUCCUCACCGAGGUGAAACACAUGAUUGUUUACGUGGAAAAGAAAGUCCUGGAGGACCCAGCUAUUUCAGGAGAUGAAAACUUUGCGACCACCACUAAGAAAUUUUGCACUUUCAGAGAAGAUCUUGACGACAUCUCCAACCGCGUGGACUUUAUCAUCUGCCUCGGUGGAGAUGGAACCUUGCUGUACGCGUCUUCGCUCUUCCAGGAGAGUGUUCCACCGGUCAUGGCCUUCCACCUGGGCUCCCUGGGCUUUCUGACACCUUUUAAAUUUGACACGUACCAGUCUCAGGUCAACCAAAUUAUUGAAGGUAAUGCUGCCAUUGUCUUAAGAAGUCGCUUGAAAGUCCGGGUGCUUAAAGAAAACUGGGAGAAGAAGGCCAGAGUGGACGAAAAGGGGAUCAUUUUGACCAACGGGGACAUCGAAAGUAGCCGCAAAGCCAUGCAGUAUCAGGUACUGAAUGAGGUGGUGGUGGAUAGAGGACCCUCCUCCUAUCUCUCCAAUGUAGACCUGUUCCUGGAUGGACACCUCAUUACCACAGUGCAGGGAGAUGGUGUGAUAGUCUCCACACCUACAGGCAGCACAGCGUACGCAGUGGCAGCGGGAGCUUCCAUGAUCCACCCCAACGUCCCGGCCAUCAUGAUCACCCCCAUCUGCCCGCACUCCCUCUCCUUCAGACCCAUCGUGGUGCCGGCUGGAGUGGAGCUCAAGAUAAUGCUGUCAUGUGACGCCAGAAACACAGCAUGGGUGUCUUUUGAUGGAAGAAAGAGACAAGAGAUCUGCCACGGAGACAGUAUUACCAUCACCACUUCCUGCUUCCCUGUUCCAUCCAUCUGUUUCCGGGACCCGGUCAACGACUGGUUUGAGAGCCUGGCCCAGUGCUUACACUGGAACGUGAGGAAGAAGCAAAACUACCUCGGCUCAGAGGAUGAGGAAUUCUGAGGCCUUCAAGGUCUAUCAAAGGUCUCCUCAAGGCUGGAUAGAUGAUAGAUAGAAGGUUUCACCAAACUCCCUUCAAAAAAGUCUGUUGUUGUAGUGUUCAUUUUUACUGAAAAUUACUCUGUAGAAUAUUUUGUUUGAUUCAGACACAAGCUAUGAGCUGAACUGAGUAAAGUAAAGUGGACUUAUGCUCAUUUCCAGGUCUAUAUUUCUAAGAGUAGCUUUGCAUGAUCCACAGUGUAAAAGAAAAUGAUCUUAUACUAGAGUUUGUUACAGCGCCUCAUUUCAUCCACUUUCAAAAGCAACUGUCUUAGCACCCCCCCCCCCCCCCCCCCCCCCCCCCCCCUCUCUUGAUUGGCUUUACUUUGCAAACAGAAGGUUUGAACAGCAGAUGUUGGGGCUUCUUUGCCUGGGAUGAUAAAAACUCUGAAACCAAGUAUUUAGAGCAGUUUAACACACAUUUAAUGAGCAUCCACCAGUCGAACAUUGUGUGUGUGUGUGUAUAUAUGACAGAAAACAAGGAAAAGCAUAAAAGGUCUCCUUUAAAAAAAAUAUAUUAGUAAAUCCAUUCAAACCAAUCUGUCUAAAACACCGGACGUUUCAUCAGUUUUGUUACUCUAGUAAGAGUAUCUUUUCUACACAUUUUGUAAAACGGCAAACUACAGUGUGUGUGUGUGUGCACAGGUAACCGUCCUACUUUUAUGGAAGAAAUGUUGAUAAAAUUCCCUAAAUGUUCCUGUUGGAUGCUCUGUGCUGUGUAGGAAUUUUAAGAUGGUGGAUUUUUGAAUGGAGUUUGGUCCCGCUAUUGCUCCAGGAUGUGAACGCUGUGAAAACCUCUCUCCUCUGUUAGAGUGAAAACUGCAGUUUGUGGACAAAGUGCUUUGACUGGUAAGGAAAAGGAAAUGCAACACUUUGAGUACCAAACUCUAAAAAAAAACCCAGGUCAGUUGUGGAUGGAAGUUACUGGAAUUACUCUUGAUGGAUGCCAUCAGAUCUGUUGUAGCACGUCUGAAUCUUUGAGGCCGAUGGCAGGGACGCAUCUGCUGACUGGAGUAAAAGCUAAAGGUUCUCUGAGUAGGGGCGAAGGCCGAGCUGCAGCUCUGGUAAAGAAGUAGAAAAGGAUGCGACGCAAUCAAUGAAGGACAAAUGUUGUUUCCCACAGUUCUUAGUUGAGGAGCAGACUUAGUGUACAUCUACCCAGCAACAGUAACCCAACAUUACAGACUGUGCCUUAAACACUGGUAUCAUUAAUGUACAGACAUAAUAUUUUUCAAGGUUUACACCACACUGUUUUUUUUGUUUUAUUUAAAUCACACAUUUGCACAGAUUUGUUUUUGUGCAUUCUCAUUGUUACCACAUGUUGACACGUCUGCGCUGUCUGCAGCACUUGAUUGUCGCUUGUUUGCAUUGUGUAAUAUCUCUAUCAACAAUGGGGUGAGCACUAGGAGGUGGCAUUCAUUCCAGGCAAAGAGACCACAGAUCGGAUGGCUUCAGCGUAUUUUUAAGUCUGCUUUUUUUUUUUUUUAAAUGUCCUUUAAGCCAUAAUAUAUUUUAUAGACCAACGUCUGUGGGCUGUGGGUGGUUUAAUGGUCUGUGUGUGAGACUUUGGAUCUGUUCUUAUCAGUUUACCCCUGUGCUGCCUUUGAUUACUCCAAGGUGGCCUGCCUUACAUGUCUGUCUGGGCUCAGAGUCCCAGUGUUGAUGUAUAUGUUGUGAAUUGGCUCAACAAACUGUGUCAGAGUGAAAAGAUGAUUUACAACCAUCUGUAACGCUAAACAGGACCACUUGAGCCCUAAAAGCUAAUCAUUCCUUGAACUCUGAGUAUGUAUAUAAAUGUAAUGCUUGAAUAAUAUGUUUUGUAAAGUCCAUGUGUUUAUUAACCAGUUUAUAAUGUAUUACUAAUGGAUAAUAAAUCUAUUUAGUACUUUUUUUUUCUACAUUCUUCAGCUGUAAAUCCUGUUUCAUUGAUGAAGAAAAGUCUGUUUUUAGUCGUUCUGCUUAUCCAACUGAAUUUUUAAACAUGGUGUCAUUGGACAGAUGUACAAACGGAGCUGAAUCACUUUAGAAAUGCAUUCCAGGACAACGUGAAUAGUCUCAUUUUUAACAUGGAUAGUGGCAGGAUUGUUUCAAAUGUUGGUCUGAGCUGUUUAAUCCCAGUAAAACAAACACACACACACACACACACACACACACACACACACACCCACAGAGUUCAAUAAGAUAACCAGGCUUUGACGACUCUUCUGUGAAGCAUUGUCAACUCUCAAAGUGCUUUUCACUUUUGUAAAUCUGACUUUUGUAUGAAUACACUUGUUAAUGUUUCUAAUAUUGGAGUCUCCUAUUUUUCCCAAAACAUUUAUUAAACAGGUUUAACCAACAAAC